AUGAUAGAAAUUAAUGAGAUGGAAGAGAAAUUGGUAGAUGAAUGUUGGAAUGAGAUGGCCAGGCACAUAAGGAAGGUCGCAAAAGACGUGUUUGGAGAGUCGAAAGGAAAAGGUCUGAUAGAUAGGGAUACAUGGUGGUGGAAUGAAGAAGUGCAAAAUGUACUGAGAGAGAAGAAAGUGGCAUUUAAAGAAUGGCAGGUUGUAAAAAAUGUGAACACAAGUUUAAAAGAUGAAAAAAAGGAAGUUUACAAGGAAUUUAAGAGGAGAGCAAAGAAGGCGGUAGCAGUGGCCAGAGCCAAGGUACAAGAGAAUUUGUACAACUCACUGAACAGCCCUAGAGGCCAGAAGGAACUCUACCGAAUUACGAAAGAGAGAGAAAGACGAUCGAGAGAUAUACCACAUAUCAAAUGUAUGAAAAAUGAGGCUGGUAAGGUGUUAUGUAGAGAUGAGGAAAUAAAAGAGCGAUGGAAGAUUUAUUUUGAAAAGCUUAUGAAUGAAGAAAAUGACUGGAAUGGUAUUCUCCAAGAGGCACAACAACUCAAAAGCAUGAAAAAUGGGAAGGCUUUGGGUCCAGAUGACAUACCAGUUGAAGUAUGGAAGGUGUUAAAGACUGACGGAUAUAUGUGGUUGACUUUAUUCUUCAAUAAGUUGUUGCAUGAAGAAACUAUCCCUCAAGAAUGGUGCAGUAGUUCGCUAGUGCCCAUCUUCAAAAAUAAAGGGGAUGUACAGGAUUGCAACAACUAUAGAGGGAUAAAGCUCAUGUCACAUACUAUGAAAGUAUGGGAGAAGGUAAUAGAGAGAAGAUUGCGAGAAGAGAGUGAAAUUACCCAAAUUCAGUUGGGGUUUAUGUCAGGUCGAGGGACAAUGGACGCUAUUUUUGCACUCCGCCAAUUGUGCGAGAAGUACAGACGUGCUCACAAGAACCUGCACAUGGUGUUCAUUGAUCUCGAGAAAGCCUAUGAUAGGGUGCCUCGUGAAGUGUUAUGGUGGGCAUUGAAAGAGAAAGGUUUGCCUGGGAAGUAUGUGGAGUUAGUUCGUGCUAUGUAA